GGUGUUGGUGUUUCCCCCUUGUGGUGGCUUAUCUCGAGUCUCCCUCGUCUUUAGAGAGCGGAGAGAGAGAGAGAGCGAGAGAGAGAGAUAAUAGGGGGUGAAGAUGGUAAAGGCGAAGAAGAAAGAGCUGUUGUCGUCGGCGCCAUGGAGAGGCGAAGAUAACGUCGAAGAAGAUAAGUUCAAAGACGCAAAGGUGAGUGUGACCAGCCAGCCAGGCUCCACUCCCACUAUGCACUACAACAUGCCCUCCGACAAACCCUUCUCCGACGGCGACGAUUAUCGCUUCACGAUCGAUCCCGAAUUCCGCUACAGCUUCCAGCGUAACUACCAGUUUCUUCAAAAGGUAUUCAGCUUUGACACUGUUGUGAAGCCUCUUCCUCCUGCAAUGGGGUACAAUAUUACCCGCAACUGGAACUUCUUCACUCGUAUCUUCACACAGUUUUUUGAUCCAGAUGGUAUCGCAAAUGCACAGAAAUCUAUUGGACUGGGACCACAAGAAGAGCGAACCCCCCCAGCCCGUUAAACACCUUCUGCAACUUUAGCCGAGCAGUGUCGUGUCUCCUUAUGGAUUGAAUUAGAAGUUGUGUUUUUAUCUGUUUCUUGGAAGGAAGAAUUAUACAGUUGGGAUGCAUCUUUGAACACAAGGAUUUGAGACACUUCACAUUGUACUGCCAUUGAACUCUCUGGUUAAGUUCUGUUCUUUCCCCUCUUAUCCAUUGAAAUUGCUGCA